AUGGAUGAUUUUGGAUAUUUGGGCUGCGAACCUAUUAAUACUCCCAUGGGACCGAACUUGAAAUUAAGUCAAGAAUUUGGUGAGUUACUUGAUAACCCUCAGCUGUAUAGAAAGAUGAUUGGGAAGCUGCAAUAUUUGACAAUAACCAAACCCGAUUUGUCUUACUCUGUAAACAAAUUGAGCCAAUUCCUUGCUACACCUCGAAUUCCUCAUAUGCAAGCAGCUCAACGAUUUCUUCAGUAUGUUAAAGAGUGUCAUGGUUUGAGGCUUUUAUUUCCAGCAAGUUCAGAGGUUAAGCUAAAGGCUUAUACAGAUUCAGAUAGAGUAGCAAGUCAAGACACUAGACGGUCUACUGCAGGUUUUUGUGUAUUUCUUGGACACUCAUUGAUAUCCUGGAAAAGUAAAACGCAACAAACGAUUUCACACUCUUUAGCUGAAGUCGAGUACAGAGCAAUGGAAAAUGCCACUUGUGAGGUUGUUUGGUUAAUUUCUGUAUUGAAGGAACUAAAACAAGUUCAUGAAGAACCAGUCGAAUUAUAUUGUGACAACCAAGGUGCUUUAUACAUUAUACGUCCUAAAAUUCAACACGAGUCUUUUAGUCAGCUUGGAUACAGCUGGCUAGCCCAGAACUGUAAUAAACGAUCCACAAGUCUAUAUUUCCUCUGUAAAGGUAGCACGAUUCCCCAGGUAAAUAGCAUGAGCUGA